UUUACGAUCUUUUUACCUCAUGAAACGAGGAUUUAACACUUUCUGGAGCAGUAAAUUUUUUUAAAUAAAAUAAUUUUUCUACCCUUGGCCGGUCAGGCACCCUAAAAUUGGUUACAAAAUGAUUCGAAUCGCCUUCAGAAAUACAUUGACCACCAAAAAACAGAAUCUGUUGCCAAUUUUGCGACAUCAAAAUCGUCGUUCGAUCAAUUCAGGGCUGCCGUCGUUCCAACAAGCUGGAUUCGGUAAAAUUAUUGUGAUUUUAUCACCUUUCGCCGUUGUCGGUGGCACUGCCGCAUAUGCAAAAUACGACAACAAAUUCCGCCAAACGUUGGUCAGUAAUGUACCGGGCGCUGAAGCGAUUCUAAAGAUUUUGCUACAAGAAGAGGGCAACGCUAUUGAUGAGGCAUCGAAAAGUAUUGGAAAAGCCACGCAAAAGGUCAGCGAAUUUAGCAGCAAUGUUACGGGCUAUUUCGGUGGAAAGAAACUAGAUGAACCUGCACCGGCAGCGAAACCCAAGGAAAAGGAAGUUGUUAAAUCGACGAAAACCCAAGUGUCUGACUUCUCAACACCUCCGUUGCCGAAAGUAUCCCCUCCAACGCCGACUGCAAAGCCAGCAGUGAAUGAUAAGAUUGAACCGAAGCAAGCUGCUCCGAAAGCUGCACCGGUCGCACCAGUUGCUCCAGUUGUUAAGCCGCAAGAGCUUCCAUCGAAUAUCGCGGAGCUGGAAAGAGCUGUGGAAAAGCAUGCCCAAAUUGCCGUUGAUGAGUACAACAAAGCUGUCCGUACACUCAAGAGCUAUAACGACGACGUGAAGAAAAUUGUUGAUGAAGCUGUCGAGAAAUUGGACAUGACCGCCUGGACAUCGUUGAAGAAUAAAACGAGUGCAAGAGAUUAUGCUGUUGAAGCGGCUGAAACGGCUGCUCAAUCGGCUAGGGAAACCAUUCGUAAACUUGAGCUGUCGAUUGGCUCAAUUGCAAAGGAUACACCCACCGAUGUGGUCGAAAAAUUGCGCAACAACAUCCGCACGUUGUCCGAUCAUCUGAAUACGGCUAAAGAGGAAAUGUAUGUGGCCAAGAAUUCCGCAAAGACAUCCGAACAAUUUUGGAAGAAGAUCGAUGCGGCCCGAAAUUAUUUUAUCGACGAAAUCGAGUCCCUGUUCCCCGGUGUCAAUUUGAAAGACAACGACCUGAAUCUAUCCAAAGAUCACCUGGACUUGUUCAUCAUUUACGCCCAUUCACAUUUGCUGUCGUAUCAAAAGGAACUGCAAAAACUACAGGACGAAGGUGAUGCUCGGCUGAAACGAGCCCUUGAUGCAUUGCGAGGCGAUGACAAUGCCGAAUCGCUUAAGUCUCAAUUGGAGUAUUAUUUGGAGAAGGAAAAGCAGAUGCUGAACAUUGCAAAUCAAAAGAAAUUGCUGCAAAUCAAGGCCGAUGCCGAUAAGACGCUACGCGAACACAUGAAAAAGCAGUCGGAAGCGCAUGCGGACCAUUUGAGCGAUGCCAUUUCGCAGAAAGAGGCUGAAUUGAAACGGGUUUUUAAUCGCGAAUUGAGUGAAAAAUUGUCCACAGAACAGGCGGCUUACAAGGAACAUCUGGCUGCAAUGUUGGGAAAGCUGAAGGGGAUCGAUGCGGCGUUGAAAGAAAUCGAUGAUGAACUCAAAGCCCGUGCUGAUGCCGAUCGUAUGGUACAUCAAGCCCAAUCACUAUGGAGUGCUUGUCAGGCUCUGUGGGCCUCACUAAAAUCUGGUGAACCGGGUACUUCUUGGCAAUUGAAAUUGCGACCACUUGGCAGCGAAGUGUCGUCGAUCAGUAGAGCGGCAGAGGGUGACGAACUGGUGACCGUUGUCUUAAAGGGCGUACCAGCCGAAGCGCGAUCACGUGGCGUCUAUCCGGAAGAUGCGCUCAGGGAACGAUUCGUUAAAGUUGAAAAAUUGGCACGUCAAUUGGCUUUGGUGCCGGCCGAAGGUGCUCGAUUGCCCAUUUACUUGUUGUCAUUUCUCCAAGCCGUGUUCAUCAUAAGACCGUCGAAUCCAAUCACCGAAGAGGAGCUGAACAACGAACCAGUUGACUUUUCUCAAUUUGACACAUACGACAUCUUGAACCGAGCCAAAUAUUGGAUCGAACACGGAGACUUGACACAGGCAUUGAAGUACAUGAAUCUGUUGAAAGGUGCGUCGAGAAAUAUAGCUGAAGAUUGGUUAAAAGAAACGAGACUGUUGUUGGAGACGCAGCAGGCAGCAAAUACUCUAAUGGCACAUGCAGCUACCAGCGGUCUUUCAUUUUUAUAAGAUUGUCGUGUGUUUCAAGAAAUAGAUAAAACUAUGGGUGCCUGUAAAGAGUUGGUUCAUCUAAACUAUAAAUUGAAUGUAUCCUUUCCCCUGUUUUUGUUUCCUAUCAUUUCAGUAAUUAAAUUAUGUAAAGAAAACGAC